AACAGGCCUGGCCCUGUUUCAUGGGGGCUGUGCUGCCAAGCCCUAUGCAGGCAGAGGGGUCACUCAUGGCCUGGCAUCUCUCUUUCCUGAGUCAUCUCUUGGUGGAUGCACCCAAGGACAUCCAGAAGGAAAUAGAGGAGGAAAGGACUGAUAAUGGAACCACCGUCAUCAUCAUCAUCAUCCUCACCACCACCAUCAUCGUCUGCCUUCCAGGAUAAGAAUCUGACAGAGCAGUUUUUCCCCAUCGAUGAAAUAUGAGUCACUUGCGGUUGCUCGCUGAUACUCUGAAAUGCUGUGGCAUUUCUUCCUUUGUGAAGAAGAAUGUAAACAGGACAGCAUUUUGGCCAAGUCGGCCUUAUGUUUCCCCUGGAAUCAAAGAACCAUUUUUGAGCGGGAGCAAUUCAACCUAUGUUGAAGAAAUGUAUUAUGCAUGGCUUGAAGAACCAAAUAGUGUGCAUAAGUCUUGGGAUUUAUUUUUCCGUAAUGCUACUGCUAAGGCUCUUCCUGGACAGCCCCUCUCUUCAACUUUGCCAGACCUUUCUGAAACGAAAACAUCCCUCCAAAGCCAUAGGCUGACUAAAGCACCUGGUAUGGCUGAGAAGCUGGUUGAAGACCAUCUGGCGGUCCAGUCCUUGAUCAGAGCCUACCAGAUCCGGGGACACCACGUGGCUCAGUUGGAUCCCUUAGGAAUCCUGGAUGCCGAUUUGGAUUCAUUCAUUCCGUCGGAUUUAAUCACUACUAUAGAUAAACUGGAGUUUUAUGGCUUGUACGAAUCUGACUUGGACAAAGUCUUCCGAUUGCCCACAACCACCUUCAUAGGAGGAAAUGAGACGAUGCUUUCUCUACGGGAGAUUAUCAGGCGGCUGGAGAAUACCUAUUGUCAACACAUAGGGCUGGAAUUUAUGUUUAUUAAUGAUGUGGAACAGUGUGAUUGGAUCCGGCAGAAGUUUGAGAUGCCCGGUGUCAUGAAAUUUAACAACGAAGAAAAACGGACAUUGUUGGCCAGGCUGGUACGAUCCACAAGGUUUGAGGAUUUCCUGGCUAGGAAAUGGUCAUCGGAAAAGCGCUUUGGCUUGGAAGGAUGCGAAGUCAUGAUUCCUGCUCUUAAAACAAUCAUUGAUAAAUCAAGUGAAAUGGGAAUUGAAUAUGUUAUAAUGGGCAUGCCCCACAGAGGAAGACUGAAUGUGUUGGCAAAUGUUAUUCGAAAAGAACUUGAACAAAUAUUUUGUCAAUUUGACCCAAAGCUUGAAGCAGCUGAUGAGGGAUCUGGAGAUGUAAAAUAUCAUUUGGGAAUGUAUCACGAGCGAAUCAACCGAGUAACGAACAAAAAGAUCACCCUGUCCCUUGUGGCCAACCCAUCUCAUUUGGAAGCGGUAGAUCCUGUUGUCCAAGGCAAAACUAAAGCUGAACAGUUUUACCGAGGGGAUACCGAAGGAAGAAAGGUUAUGUCUAUACUUCUACAUGGAGAUGCGGCCUUUGCUGGUCAAGGAGUGGUUUAUGAAACUUUCCAUCUGAGUGAUCUUCCACCAUACACCACAAAUGGAACUAUUCAUGUUGUGGUCAACAACCAGAUUGGUUUUACUACGGACCCACGAAUGGCUCGGUCCUCUCCAUAUCCGACAGAUGUGGCCCGGGUAGUCAAUGCACCCAUCUUCCAUGUGAACGCUGAUGAUCCAGAAGCAGUGAUGUAUGUAUGCAGUGUUGCUGCCGAGUGGAGAAACACUUUUAACAAAGACGUGGUUAUAGAUCUGGUUUGUUAUCGAAGACGAGGCCAUAAUGAAAUGGAUGAGCCCAUGUUCACUCAACCACUGAUGUACAAGCAGAUUUCAAAGCAGGUGCCGGUGUUGAAAAAGUAUGCUGACCAGCUGAUUGCCGACGGGGUGGUCACGCUGCAAGAGUUUGAGGAAGAAAUUGCAAAGUAUGAUAAGAUCUGUGAAGAAGCUUAUACCAGGUCCAAAGAUAAUAAAAUUCUCCAUAUUAAACACUGGCUGGAUUCUCCUUGGCCAGGGUUUUUUAACUUGGAUGGCGAACCAAAGAGUAUGACCUGUCCUCCCACAGGCAUCCCCGAGGAGCUACUGACCCAUAUUGGCCAAGUUGCCAGUUCUGUGCCCCUUGAAGGCUUCAAAAUACACGGAGGACUUUCUCGGAUUUUGAAAAGUCGACUAGAAAUGACCACAAACCGGGUUGUUGACUGGGCCCUGGGAGAAUACAUGGCUUUUGGGUCCUUAUUGAAAGAGGGCAUCCAUGUCCGGUUAAGUGGUCAGGAUGUAGAACGGGGGACUUUCAGCCAUCGCCAUCAUGUGCUGCAUGAUCAAAAUGUCGACAAAAGGACUUGUGUUCCUAUGAAUCACCUGUGGGAGCAGCAGGCUCCAUAUACCGUGUGCAAUAGCUCUCUUUCAGAAUACGGAGUCUUGGGUUUUGAACUUGGUUUUGCGAUGUCGAGUCCCAAUGCCCUUGUGUGCUGGGAAGCUCAGUUUGGCGAUUUUCACAACACCGCCCAGUGCAUCAUUGACCAGUUCAUCAGUUCUGGGCAAGCCAAGUGGGUCCGUCACAAUGGAAUCGCCCUUCUUUUGCCCCACGGAAUGGAAGGAAUGGGUCCAGAGCAUUCGUCAGCCAGACCGGAGAGGUUCCUUCAGAUGAGUAAUGAUGAUCCCGAUGCAUUCCCUCAAUUCAAAGACGACUUUGAGGUUUCUCAGCUCUAUGACUGCAAUUGGAUCGUGGUGAACUGCUCAACACCAGCCAGCUAUUUCCACGUCCUCCGAAGGCAGAUAUUGUUGCCCUUCAGGAAACCGCUAAUUAUCUUCACCCCUAAGUCAUUGCUGAGACAUCCUGAAGCAAAAUCCAGUUUUGAUGAAAUGGUGCCAGGUACCAAGUUUAAGCGUGUGAUUGCAGAAGAAGGAGUUGCCGCUGAAACCCCCCGGGAGGUGAAUCGGGUGAUUUUCUGUACUGGGAAGGUAUAUUAUGAUCUUGUUAAAGAAAGGAAAAAUCAAGAUCUGGAAAAAGCAGUGGCUAUCAUCAGAUUGGAGCAGAUCUCACCAUUUCCUUUUGAUUUGCUAAAAGAGGAAAUCGAGAAAUAUGCUAAAGCCGAACUUGUCUGGUGCCAAGAAGAGCACAAGAACAUAGGCUACUAUGACUAUGUCAAGCCUCGUUUCCGGACCAUCGUCAACCAUACUCGACCUAUAUGGUAUGUUGGUCGGGACCCAGCGGCUGCUCCGGCCACAGGUAAUAAAAACACUCAUCUCGUCUCGCUCCGAAGAUUUUUGGAUACAGCCUUCAAUCUGGAGGCCUUUGAAGGGAAGACAUUUUGAGCCUUGGCCUGGGUUCCCUUGCUACAUUAUCUAGAAUGUAUGUAUUUAUGGAAGGAAGGCCAUCACCAUAAAAAGGGAAUGAAAGCUAGUUGAGGGUUUCGGUUUUUAGGCAGGGAAGUAGUCAGCUCCUUCAAAAGCUUGUCAAAUUAGCUGUAUGUAUGCUGUAAAUGUUAGAAGUAAUUUAUGAUUCCGUUAAUUUGGCUUUAAGAAUUACAGCACGGCUACCUCUUAGCGGAGAGACAGCCAAGUAGCCCAAGUCUUGUGCUUUAAGACUGGAGCAGUAGUUGCCAACGUUUCUAGUGAUCUCUCCUUCUUUGUUAACUUCCUGUAGAUAUAAACAGGAUAUAGAUUCUGUUUUAGGUACCUAGAUUACUCCUUAGGAUUGUGCUGAGAGAAAACCAUGCACUCAUCAGAAUCCACAAAAUCGGCAAAGGUUGUAAACGAAAAAGAUGCAGAGAUAAGACAGAUACAGUAUACUAAAAAUACGAUUGCGAAUAGCUCUGACGUACUAUAUCGCUACUUCAUCUUGCAACGUAGCUGGGAAUUUUCAAUUAAAAAGGGCCAAGAAAGUUAUGUUGCCCUGUAUAUUGUAAAAUGUAACUGCGGUGGUAAUCAUAAGAAUAAUAAAAUAGGAUUCAUCAGAAAUA